AUGUCAAAACGUGGUUCUAGGGGAAAAAAAGUUCCAUUGCUGAAGCUUUUCUCAUAUGCUGACUUCUAUGAUUAUGUCUUAAUGGCCGUUGGAUCUGUUGGAGCAUGCAUACAUGGUGCAUCUGUGCCUGUUUUCUUUAUCUUCUUUGGAAAGAUUAUUAAUGUUAUUGGUUUGGCUUAUCUUUUUCCUAAAGAAGCUUCUCAUCAAGUUGCAGAGGAACUUGUAUAUAAUGGAGUGACACCAAUCAGUGAUCGUGCCACUGAUGAACAAAAAAAUGCUCACAAAGAGUUGAAGAAGAAGAAUUAUAAAUCCCUCUUAUAA